GACUGGCCAUUAUGGAAGAAGAGGUGCAGCAGCACUCACACUGUGUGAACUGUGUCAGUAGACGGUGUAUGACCAGACCAGAGCCUGGGAUUUCCUGUGACUUGAUUGGUUGUCCUUUGGUUUGUGGAGCAGUUUUCCAUUCUUGUAAAGCUGAUGAGCAUCGACUCUUGUGUCCCUUUGAACGAGUACCUUGCUUAAAUAGUAACUUCGGGUGUCCAUUUACCAUGGCGCGAAAUAAAGUCGCUGAACAUCUAGAAAUGUGUCCUGCAAGUGUGGUGUGCUGUACAAUGGAAUGGAACCGAUGGCCAGUUAGUUACGCAGACCGGAAAUCAUAUGAAAAUCUAAGCAGAGAUGUUGAUGAAGUGGCACAAUUAGACAUGGCCUUGGCUCUUCAAGAUCAAAGAAUGCUUUUGGAAUCUCUCAAAGUGGCCACCAUGAUGUCAAAAACAACUGAUAAAAUAUCUGAACCUAGAGAACAAAUUUCAGUGAAAUCAAGUGUUCAGGAAAUGCCAUGUACAAAUGGGUUGGUAUCUGUUGAUGAAGAAUCUUAUGGUGCACUUUAUCAAGCUACUGUAGAAACAACCAGAAGUUUGGCUGCUGCUUUAGAUAUCCUGAAUUCUGCCACAAGAGACAUUGGCAUAUUAAAUACAAGUCUUCAUGCCACCACAAAUGACACGGAUGAGAAUAACAGAGAUAGCAUUCAGGAGAGAAACUUAAAAGACCAGGACCACCUUCAUGAGGAUGAGAUAGGAGCAGUAGGUGGAGUUGACCAUAAUGGCACAAGUCAGAAUGCUCAGUUUGAACAAAAUGGUUCAAGUGAUUUACUGUGUGACUUACGUGCAAGUUCUGUUGGUACUUCUACUCUUUGUAAUGGCUUUCCUUUGGAAAAUACGUGUUCACAGGUCAAAGACCAGGAUCACAGUUUUCCUGCUGAUUCCAUGGAAAGAAAUAUAGAAAAUAGAGAAUGUGCAGCAGCAGAUGGUACUUCAGAACCUUCCAGUUCACUUUUAGUAGCAGCACAACUUAGGGAAAUAAUUCCUUUCAGUGCUUUGCCGGAUAGCACAUUUCAACAUAUCCUCAUGCCACAUGAAGAUGGUGAGGAGGACUUGUAUUGGAAGAAGGUAGACUUAGGGAGCUUGAAGGAUCUUGAUGAAUCACCCUUCAGUCAUGCUCCUUCAUUCAAGUUUCUUUCUAAUUCAUGGUAUAUACCAAAGGAAGACAAAGCCGUUGAUACAUCAGAUUUAGAAGUUGCAGAAGAUCCCAUGGACCUUCAAGGAAUAGAUCUGAUUACAGCAGCAUUACUGUUUUGUCUGGGUGAUUCUCCAGGUGGGAGGGGUAUAUCUGAUAGCCGUAUGGUUGAUGUUUAUCGUGUUGACUUUGGAACACAGACUUUUUCACUUCCAUCUGCAAUAUUAGCUACAGAUACAAUGGUUGGAGAAAUAGCUUCAGCUUCAGCAUGUGAUCAUGCCAAUCCACAGCUUUCAAAUCCGAGCCCUUUUCAGACACUUGGGCUGGAUUUAGUUUUGGAAUGUGUUGCUAGGUACCAACCUAAGCAGCGUUCAAUGUUUACCUUUGUAUGUGGACAGUUGUUUAGAAGAAAAGAAUUUUCUUCCCAUUUUAAGAAUGUGCAUGGUGACAUUCAUGCUGGACUCAAUGGGUGGAUGGAACAGAGGUGUCCUUUGGCUUACUAUGGUUGCACCUACUCUCAGCGUAGAUUUUGUCCAUCAACACAAGGAGCAAAGAUUAUACAUGAUCGCCAUUUAAGAUCAUUUGGAGUUCAGCCAUGUGUAUCUACAGUACUAGAAGAGCCAUCUAGAAACUGUGUGUUGGGAUUACGUAGUGACCAUCUAAGCAAUCUCCCAUUUGAGGUACUGCAACAUAUUGCAGGCUUUCUUGACGGCUUCAGUUUAUGCCAGCUUGCGUGUGUAUCUAGGCUAAUGAGAGAUGUGUGUGGCAGUCUACUUCAGUCUCGUGGAAUGGUAAUAUUGCAGUGGGGGAAAAAGAAGUAUCCAGAAGGAAAUUCAUCAUGGCAGAUAAAGGAAAAGGUAUGGCGAUUCAGUACUGCAUUUUGUUCUGUUAAUGAAUGGAAAUUUGCUGACAUCCUAAGCAUGGCUGACCACUUGAAGAACUGCAGUUACAAUGUUAUAGAGAAACGGGAGGAAGCAGUCCCACUGCCGUGCAUGUGUGUAACUCGAGAGCUCACUAAAGAAGGACGUUCACUCCGCUCAGUUUUAAAACCCGUGCUUUAAGAACUGUGUUUACUUGCACAUACAGGCAAGCACCUGGUCUGAGUUCUUUGUAAUAUUUGACACUGUGUUAAUGUAUUAAAGACUACAACUAGCUAAAUUUAUUGUCAUUAUGUACAUACUGUUUUGCUGUGACAUAUAUUUUUAUAAUGUACUGUUAGUUGGAAAAAAUUGCCUUAAUAUUUGAAAUGUGUGAAAUUGUUGGAACAUUGCUAGACAGGGUAAUUAAUCUUUAUCUGCAUAAUUUUUCAAAUUACUAAUUUUAAUGGUGUGCAUAUUUAAGUUCUAAAAAUUUUUGUUUCUCAAACUGAAAAGAACUUGACCAAAAAAUUUAUUGUUUAUGUUUUCUGUGGGUUGAAGCCCAUACUAUCAGAAGCAAAACUUUGACUCAAAAUUUUUCCUGCAUAGAUUUUUUUCACAGAACACAUUCAGUUAUUUAAGCACUGCCAGAAGAUUGUUAUUAAGUUUUUCUGAUACUUUUCUAAUUAGUGAUCGUAUGUGAUCUCCAGUACUUACCUAAAGGCACAAUAAUGACUUCAUGCUUUUAAAGCAACUCACAGAAAUGCGUUCAUCCUCUUUUUCUUACUGCUCUUAUGCUGAAAAUGAUCACAUUCAGUUCUUUUUUCAUUAAAUUACGUAUCUGAAGAGUCAAGGCACAAUGUAUUAUAUGACAGAUUAAAGUAAAAACAAAGCAAGCCUAUGAAUUUAACUUGAAUUUUUUCAUAUUUUCCUAGGUAUCUAAUGUUUGAAAAGAAAAUAUACCUCACUAUAAGUUUGAAUUUGACAUAUUGUUUGAAUAAACUUCAAAUAUUGAGAAUACAAAGGGUUUGACUUUUUCAGGGGCUUUUAAAAUGUUCAUAUAGUGAACUAUAUGUCUAUAAAAAAUACACUGGUAUUGUUUUAAGACAUUUUAAAAACUGAAAUUUUGUCAGUUACCAUCAAACAGAGACCUCUCUUGGUUGAUAAUCUUGAAACGUUCCCACAGCUAUGCUUCACACACUGCUCUGUCAGAACAUAAGAAUUGUGUCGUUUUUGGGAAGAUCAAGUGUGGUCAUGAAUAGUCAAGAGCUUACAGUUUUCAAAUUGAUGUAUACCAGUUCACUUAAUGUGCUUGUUUUAAAGAAAUGAACAUGCAGUGUCAGUAUUUAGAAGUAGAUUCCAGAGGCAGAGACGAAAGUGACUUGUCCAGAUGAAUGCUAGCAGUGCUAAGCUGAAGUGGGUAGUGAUGUUGAAAACCACCUGAGUCUACUCUUUCUAUGGUUUUCAGAGUGCUUUGUGCUUACUGGUUUCUAUUUCUCAGAUAAGGUAGUCAGACUGGGGAAGAGGGAUCCUUGGGCAUUAAAGAUGGAUUCUCAGCUGCUCCGGAUGUGUUGGCAGCGUCAAGUUCUUAGUAGAGUUGAAAAGUGUGGUGGUAAAACUAGUCACUUGUGUUGCCUCAUCUGCCAUUUAACUUAGGAGAAUUUGUAAUUUUGGUGCUUAAACUUUUUUUUUCAACUGUGAGUCUGAAUUGCAUUAAAAACAGUAAUAAAAAAACUUUUGUUUCUGCCAAAAGGUAAAAAUAGGAAUAUAAAAUUAUAUAAAA